UUUGAUCACCAAUGAAAUGGCACACAAAACUUGCUGCGGUCCCGCGCGCACUUACGUGUGCGUGCACAUAGUUCGUUAGCUUAGUGCAGAUACUGCAAGCGUGCGAGUAAUACGACUUUAAUUCAGGGUAAUUUUACGCUCUUGCGCAAAAAAACCACCACAUUAUCUGUUGCAUCUUGGAGGUGAUAUGAUAAGAGAUGAUGGGUCCAUAGCGGAUGCCUUCGGUGUGUCCUGAUUCCCAACCAAAGAGGAAUAACAACUGCGGCGAAAGCUGAAAACAACAUCCGAAGUUGGCAUGAAGCGGCGCGCUCUAUAAGGAAAGAUCUGUCCAGAAUUCUUGCUCAAACUCUUUAUAAUAUUCCCCGUAUGACUGUAAUGUAAGAAGAAGGUCCGGUUAAGUUUAAACAUUCUUAAAAGAUAGUUUGUCACGAUGAACUACAUGAACGCGCGGUUUUGUUCGUCUGGUUGGAAGUCAAUGGUGCUGUCCAGCGUCCUGCUCGUUUACGUCGUACCUUUGUAUGCUAAUGGUAGUUCACUCAUCUCCAACUCUACUCUAAGCACUAACUCCUCAAAUGGGGUGGAGCUUAAGCCUGCACUUCCUGACGAGGCCACACCCAUCACCCGAGUUCACUCUCGAAAACCACGAGCUGGGCAGGAGUCAGAGAUCGGUGGAGAAACCGCGACCACAACCAAUGUCGAAUCAUCCGAGCGGAAACACCUGAUGGAUCUGACGGCAGGUGGCAUGGCAGCCAAACUGCCCACCCUGGCUGACCCCCAGACCCGCAGCCUGUCCCAACUAGAUUUUAGUGAAGAGAGCAGCGAGAACAGCACCCCACGCUGGAAGAGUGAGAUACUACAAGCAGACGGGACGUUGUUGGAUGUUGACCGGACACCAUAUGAAUCCACCCAUUCCCCACCUGAAGAAACUAUUACGGUCAGUUUUUACAACCCUCCUCAUCAUCAUCAUAUCAGCAACGAUCGUCCUUGGGUUCAGCAGCUCCAGGGAGGGGAUCCAACGUCCUGGACACUUUCAGAUUUUUAUGAUUAUCUGUCACCCGACUACACCCCCACUGAAGUUUACCCAGAUGAGAGCCAACCAACACCGCCAGAUAUGGAAGAUGAAAAUUGGCCUUUUGUGGCUAGCGCUGUUCCUUCUAAUAAAAAAUCAUUUGGAGUUGAAGACGGCGGAUCUGGGGUUUCUGACCCAGCAGGUUCCAGAGAAGCUGACAACUUGGCUUGUCUUCCUGGAUUUCUGCGUAUAAAUGAAACAUGUCUCCCGGCAUGUACGGUCAUCACCGGUUACUGUUUCAAUGGAGGCCAGUGUUACGUGAUUGAUAGUAUUGGAGCUUUUUGCCGAUGUAAUGUCCAGGAGUUUAUCUGGAACAAGGGUUCCAGGUGCCAGUCGGCCAUCUCAGACUUCCAAGUGAUGUGUAUAGCAGUGGGUGGGGCCACCAUCAUGUUGCUCACUCUUUUCAUGGUCAUCGUCUUUUUUUCCAAGAAGCUGUACCUCCUCAAGACUGAAAACGGACGUCUUCGUAAGCGCAGUAAGAGCCGGCCACAGUCGGAGCAGCCUGUGGAUAACUUCUCGCUGUGCACCGUUCGUGAAAACUCUCAGUCAAAUGUAAGGAAACUGUGUGACCCCCCGACUAAUCUCCCCCAUGCCAGUGCUUUGGCUUAUUAUGAUAACGUUAUGUGUCAGGACGAGACCACCAAGGAAGAGCCCGAUUGUCCCAAAUGUCCCCCUAAAGAGGAGGAGCCUCUGAACAUUCAGAACUCGCUCACGCCAAACCACGAAAACAACAAGGAAGCCGGUGAAGACAACGCAGAGGAGGUAAACUCACUGAAAAACAUGAACGUGUAGUACCGCCCUGCUGCCACACGCUGGCGCUGUGACUGUAACAAAGCCCACACUGACAGCUCCCUGUUCCUAUUAAAAUUCCCCAACGGGCCAAAAACUCACACAUCAACAUAGCGCUCUACCUUGCACCCAUCUGUGUGACUUCAAAACACAAAUGAAGUUCUGAACUAGCAUGCUAACUUGCUCCUCAUCGAACACCGUACGCAUUGUCACCUUCACCUCGUCCUGGCUUGCUGUCACCCUACAUUAUGUCAAGCUUUGUUAUGCUACCCUAUGUGCCGCUAAGUCCAGUCAAGUUAUUUAAAGCUUCACCCAGACCCAAAGGUUUAACCUCAGGUUUCAACCUUUGUGACACCUUCUGACUUCCUAUGUGUCCUGCCUUACUCUGAAUCAGCAUGCAUCUGUGUUCUUUUGUUGUAAAGAAAUUGAAUGUUUUUAUGAAAAUAACAUGGUUAUUUAAACGACUUCAGAAAAAAUCAGAGAUUUGUAGAUGUCUGAUGACUUAUUCAGUGAGCAUGUUUUAAUAUACGUUUGAUACGGUGAACAGCAGUAUUUUAGCAUUUGUAAAGUUUUAAAGCUUAUGUCUCUGACAUGUAUUGACAUUGUUGUGGUUUUGUACUUUAUUUGUUGCUGAGAUGAACUGAGAAUAAAAUCAGUUUGCUUUAUCAGUACACAAUCGAGUGCAUAUGUAUUCCUGAGCCCUGUAUGUGCUCCCGCUUCUCACGAUCCUGCUUUGCUCGUGUGCAUGGCUUUAGCGCUUCAGAGGUAUCGCUAGUCAUACUGAACAUUUCACCAUCAUAAUACUGCUUCAAAAUAUUACUCUAGGCUGACUUUAGUCCAGAUUUAGACUAAGUAUCAUUUGCUCCACAUUGCAGGACUUGGUCAAUAGUGUUAAUGUCUGUUAUUUCACACACUAGCUUGUAGGAUUUUGGGCAGAGCUUUGGUCAUUGGUGCUUGAUAAUAAAUUUGAGGUUCAUAGUUUUAGAACAAAAUUUGUUCUACACUUUCUAACGAAUAUUGAGUUGAAGUGAUAUAUGAAGUACUUUACUCGGUUAUAGCUUAUGCUGGUUUGAUAUUAAGACUAAAAUGGACAUUUACAGUAAAUAUAACUGAAAAUAAUAGUUUAAGGUUGUUGUUCCUGCAUUUUACUCUUAUGGCUUUUUUGUCCUUUUAUAUGCAAAUUAUAAUUCAAAUUAAUUUGGUUUAUUUUCCUUUGUGUUUUUCUUUGUAUGGGUUUGCUUAUAUGUUUGUGUUGUUUUCGUGAAAUGACGUUUUGUGUGGUCCUUUCAAAUAUUCACACGUUCGUAUCUAUGUUCUGUUACUAUGCCUCUGUGUACUUUGUAUCUGUGCCUUUGUGUGUCUCUGUGUGUCCAGGGUGGCGUGACCAUCGACUUAGAGUUGCUCCUCCCUAAAGAAGCAAAAACGAACCCUGAGACAAGCCGCCCACUCCACUACAAUGUCUUCCUCUACAAACUCCCAAAGUCCCCUAAAAAGUCCCCCGUGUUGCGUCG